UUUAAACUGUGACAUCGAUGUGCAACCACCACAUCCUGUACAUUUUUCAAUUUUGCUUGGCUCCUGCCUCAAGUGCAGCAGGAGCAUUUCUGCAUGAGGGCCAGACGAUAAGAUGCAAGUGGUUUCUGUCCUUCCUCUGAUUGGCUCCAGGACGGCGCAGGCUCGGGGCCGGGGCCAUGUCUCCCCAUCACACCACCCUCCUGGGCCUCGCGCUCUGUCUGAUCUGGGUGAUCCACGCGCAGGAAGUGGCCCUGCCCAGACCCUCCAUCUCUGCUGAGCCAGGCUCUAUGAUCCCCUGGGGGCAGCCUGUGACCAUCGUGUGCCGGGGCCCUGCUGAGGUUGAGACAUUCCGCCUGGCAUGGGAGGAUGGCUCUAACUACACCGAUCAGAAGAUCCUGCCCCAACGUCCUCCACAUGAGACAGAGGCCAGAUUCCCCAUCACCAGAGUGAGUGACAACACUGCCAGGCGUUAUUUCUGCCGCUAUCAUAACAAUUCCAGCUGGUCUGAGCACAGUGACUUCCUGGAGCUGGUGGUGACAGGUGAGGACGUCUCAGCUCUGCCGUCAGGAGCCCCUGGAGACAUCAGCUCCCCAACCACCCAGCCCUCAGCUGGAGACACCGAGACGAAUUCGUAUGACAGUGACAGUAACAAUAGCGGCCUGUCGACACAGUAUGUUUAUAUCCUCCUUGUGGUCGCUGGGGCCUUUCUCAUUUGUUUAUUCCUCCUGGUCCUCUUCUUCCUCUUUCGUCGGCAUCGGAAAAAACUUGGGCUCCCCAGCAGCAGAGGCAAGGAGCAGAGGCCCCAGGAGAGGCUCAGCCCGGCUGUUGACAUCCUAGGGAGGACACCAGAUCUGGCCAUCGUCGAUAGUCCUCCUAAGAAGGGCAGGGAAAUGCACACCUCGACCUCUGCUGCAGGAGGCCCCCAGGAGGUGACAUAUGCCCAGCUGGACCACAGGACCUUCACACAGAGGCCAGCCCAUGCCGUGUCCCCACAGACCACAGAGCCCACAGCCGAGACCAGCACAUAUGCAGCCCUUGCCAGACGCUGACCACAGGCCCACCUAGCCUCUGCACCUAAAGACACAGGACGUCACUCUUGUAAAAGCCUGACGUGGCCAUUUGGAGAGCUUCCCUAUGGAAUCAUCUCUUUCUGGAAAGUCAUCCAGUCUCUUCACCUGGAGGCAAGAGCUGGAGUUGGGGGAUUCCUAACCAACAUGUGGGAGAGUAGUUAACCGUGUGGUACCUCCUUCAAUCAACUAGCUCAUUGGAGAGCACACACAACACUUGCUUUUGGAGACCCAGCUACAGUCCCUUGGCUGUUUCCAGAGACCCAGCUACAGUCCCUUGGCUGUUUCCAGAGACCCAGCUACAGUCCUACAGUCACCCAGCUGCUUCCAGACAUGUCAUGAAUUUCCAACUGCCCCCAGAGACUCUGUUUUAAUUGUCUGCCCAGCUGACUUUGAAGACUUCAUAGAGUUCAGUUACUGACCUUGAACCUGGGCUCUACUUAGGCAGCUGAUAGCUAAGACCCCGUUUUCUGGAUCAUGCUUCAUUUUGUUCAUCAAUAAAUGUUUUCACAGGCCUGACCGUGA